AGUAAAGAUGCUGGAGAUUCAGACAGCGAAAAAGAGCAGGAAGAAUUGGGGGAGAUUGAAAACGUUCUAAAGAAACAUGAUCCGAGUUUUCUAGCGUAAGUAAACACAGGCAAAAAUACAUCUAAGUAAAGCCUAAAAGUAAUUCUUCAAUAAAUCUGUUUUUGGCAAACACAAUUCAUACAGGGAUGAAGAUAAACUGCAAGUUAUAGACCUUGAGAGCUACUAUCAACUGUCAGUUGGAAUUGAACGUGUACGGUUAGUAUUUUUCACGCGGUAUAUGUAUAUCUCAAACUCAACUCAUUAAUAAUUCUUGAGUAAAUUAGUCGGCUAUAUUACUUUAUUUUGCUGACAUGCUAAUAUUGGAUACCUGGUGAAGUAUAUUGAUCCAGUCCUAGGACUGGGUCGAAAUGAUUUCAGUCCUUGGACCGGAUCAAACUCUAAGUAGUGAUUUAUUCUCACUUUGAGUAGUGAUUAUUCUCACUUUAAGUAGUAAUUUAUUCGUACGAGAUGUCAUUCCAAAUCUUCCAAUGGACCAUUUGCCAUUUGCAUUAUAGACUAAAUUUUGAUCUAGACAAAAAUUUCAUCACAGCUUGAAAGAGCAUCACAAAAUUAGUAAUAUUCCAAAGUUUCGUUGCGAAUUGUUGUAAAAUGCAGAUAAUAUAGCCUUGCGAAGUUUGCCGUUUUUCAGUCAUUUUGUAUUAAUUACGCACGGGAAAUUGACAGCCCAAUCGGGUGUUGGGGCAUCAAUUUCCCGUUUGUAAUACAAAAUGACUGAAAAUUGAAAAUUUCGCAAGGCUAUAUUAUCCGCAUUUUACAACAUUUCGCAACGAAACUUUGGAAUAUUACUAAUUUUGUGAUGUUCUUUCAAGCUGUGAUGAAAUUUUUGUCUAGACCAAAAUUUAGUCUAUAAUGCAAAUUGUCCAUUCGGACUGGACUAGAUUUCAAGUCCUCGCAUUUUGACCCAGUCCUCCCCAAUCAAAUUGCUCGCACUUGAAAACUAGUCCAGUCUUCAUAGUCGGAUUUGAAAUAUUACAAGUACGACAUUGAUCGAAUCAAUGCAUCACCAAGUUUGUUAUGGGCUUUAGAAGUGAAAAACGAACAAUAGAUUCAAGAGGUUUAAUUAGUUACAACCCUUCCUCUCUGGUAUGGGAUGAAUGAUCUGUUCUAUUGAUUUAGGGUGCCAGAAGUGAUGUUUCAACCUUCAAUGCUUGGCAUGGAACAAGCUGGCCUGGCUGAAGUCAUCGAGUUCAUAUUGAAGAAAUAUCCACCAGAAAUUCAAAAUACCUUAGUUCAGGUUAGAGUAGUUGGCUGAAUCCUCUCUAGAGUGACUUACUUAUAGUUUUAUACAAUAUCAUGCAAAUUAAAUAUGUAGUAAAUAUUUGCCUAGAACGUGUUCGUAACCGGAGGAAACGCUCAGUAUCCCAACUUUUGUUCGCGAUUAGAGAGAGAAUUAUUGGCUGUUCGACCAUUUCAGUCAACGUUCAAAGUUUAUAGUGCAAGUAAGAUAUAUACCGUGCAUUUGGAUAUUCUGGGUAAUUGGCAUGAGGCACUCUGAAAAUCUUAAAUCCUAGCUAAGAUCCGGACAUUUGGAUGACCCGUAAUGGACUUCCUGCCAGGGAGAACAGUUUGGACAGAAUUGAUAUAGCUAUGCAGUAUAUAAGUGAAGUCAGUUUACUGAAUGUAGUCCAGCCUUUGUUUUUUCCUGUGGUUACCAUGGCCUAAAAAGAAUGACCCUUGCAGGCUUGCACCUCUAAUGAAAACAGUUUAGAUCUGAUAGCGCUAUCCAGUGCAAAAGAUAAUUAUUUAGCAUAGAAGUAACCUCCUCUUAUAUAAUGUUUAAAAUCUUCUUAGGCAACUUCAGUCUGGAUGCGUGGUUUGGAAUGAGGCAAUGGGCAAGGACGGUCCCAGAUCUCACCAGUGUUUCAACAACGAGACAAGAUUACCAAGAGAAAGGAGGAGAGUAUCUUAAAGAACAUCAAUUUUCCAAUCAUUAUAUUCCUACGCCUGUUAAUUUAUAA